AAAAAAAUUAUAACUAUUAAUUUAAAAAAAAAAAUUAAAUAAAAAAAAUAUAUAAAAAAAACUAUAUAUAUUAAUAAUGAGUGGUCAAGGAAUCAAAAAUAUCAUCAAUGAUAAGCAAAAAUUAAAAAAAGUCACUGAAACCGCCUUUAAAGCUGUAGAUAUUGAUGGAUCAGGAUACUUAGAAAAAAACGAGCUUGAAUAAGUUAUGAUUAAUGUUGCUUCAGAUAUAGGUGUAGAAAAGCCAACUAAAGAGGAAGUUGAUGAGGUCUUAAAAGAAUUAGAUGAAAAUGGAGAUGGAAAAUUAUCAAUGGAAGAAUUCUAAGUAUUAAUAGAAUAAGUACUUGAAAUGAUGUCAAAUGCUUAGGGUUAAAAAUGAAAAAAAAAUUAUAAUAUUUUUUUUUUUUUUUAAUAAUAAUUUUUUUAUUACUUGAUUAAAUUUUAUAUAAAUAUUGCAAAAUUAAAACAUUUAUUUAAAAUAAAUAUUUCUCUGAUUCUU